AAAAAUCUCUUUCCCAUCUCAUCCAUCCUUCAAACUCAUUUAUUUCUUCUCUCAUAGUCGAUUAUCAUCGUUUUUUUUUAUCUAGGCCCUUUCCAUUCCUUUCCCUUCUUAUAUCUUUGUUUGUUUCAGUUCUGCAGGGCUCGUUCUCUUUUGACUCUUAAACUGCUUGAUGCCUAACCCCACCAUCAUUUGAUCUUCCUACUGAAUAUCUUCAUCCAGUCUUGAACUCCACCAGACAUGACCACCAUCUCAACCAGAACAAUCCGAACAACAUCCCCUUCAACCAAUAACAAUCUACAACCUCCUGGCUGCUUCAAUAAUAGUACUAAUCACCAUCAUCAUCUCAAUAAUCAUCAUCACCAUUUCUCUUCACCACCUUCUCAAUCUUCCUUAUCACCCUCAUCAUCAUCAUCAUCAUCAGCCUCCUCCUCAGUCACCAUCACCGACCCAUCCAUUCAUUCUCAUCCAAAUCAUAUCCCAUCAACCCUUCAGCAUAUUCAACCUGAGCAAGACUCUGGUGACUCCGAAUUGACUGACCAACUCAAUCAACUCAAUCUCAAGCUUGUUAGAUCAUUCGAAAGAAUCUCAAACCUCGAGGAUGAACUUCACGAAUCAAGGGAAAAGAACAAAAAACUGGUUGCCCGAAACACUCUUCUCGAGCUCGAAUCAGCCCAACAUAAAGAGGCCCUCAAAGGCGGCAUCCUUGUCGAGCGCGCAAAUGUCCAACUGGAACUCCAACGACUCACUCAGCGGGUCACUCUAGAAUCAGAACGUCGCUCGCAAUCAGAAGCAUCACUCAGCACAAUCAACCAAGAACUUGAUGAUCUUUCAGUUAGUCUGUUCACCGAAGCCAACCGUCUUGUUGCAGCCGAAAAAAUUCAACGGAUGCGAGCCGAACGUAAGGUGAUGGAAGUAGAAGAAGCCAUGAAACGCGUCGAAGAAGUCAUUGAAGCAAGAAGAGAUCAGACAAAUCAUUUGAGAUUAUCCUUAGAGGCCGCCGAGUCUCAACGCGAUCAAUAUAAAGCAGAAUGUGAAACCCUAAGAAAUCAGCUCAACAGUUCUCAUUCUGAUUCAUUCACCGGCCUGAAUAUCAACCCUACCUCAUCGAUCGAUAGUUUGAAAAAAUCAUCUCCAAGCGGCUCGAUCGUCAACUCUAGGGAAUCACUCGGCACUCCCCUCCAUAACAACCCUCUGUCGAUCCCUCACAACGAACAAGCCCGUUCCCCGCAAUUCUCGCCCUACUCCUCUAUCUCUGGCGCCUCUGGCUUUCACUCUACUCCUCAGCUUAAAUUGUCCCAAGAAACCAUACCCUUCACCGAAUUUCUGCAAUUUGUUCACUACUUGCGUCGGACCCGGGAAGAGACUCUGACUCGCUCCUCUCAACCCCCUGGUCUCACUGAAUCGUAUUACUCUGCAGCUGCAGCCAUUACCAACAUUGGGAUCACUGCAACACCUUCAUCUCGUCCCGUUUCGUCCAUGUCAUCAUCAUCCUUCUCGUCAUCCAAAGAACCAGCACCCGCUCUUGGUCCCAAAGGCUCCAUCGCACCUCUUCUGCCUCUAACACAACAUCUUUCACAGCCUUUUGUCAAGCGCUGUUUGGAAGAAGAUUCCGACCCGGCCCUGAGGUUAGAUCUGGCUCCAGGACUCAAUUUCAUGUCUCGGAGGGCUACUCUGAACGCACUACUCGAGGGUAAUCUGGUUAUCGAGCCUGUCUGGUCAGAGUCCGGUCAGGCAUCAGGAUUCGAGAAUUGUACCCUGUGUGGUUGUUCCUUGGACCCCUGGCUGUCUGCUCGAGCACCAUCGACCGGAUCGAGCAACCAUGUCGCUAGUAGUAACUCUUCAACUGCUGGUUCCACUGUGCGCAAAAUGCUGCGAGGCGGAGCCUGGAGCUUUGGGGGGAUCGGCAAGCCAAAGCGUGCCUCUCAUCCCGUCACCUCAACCCAACCAGCUGAAAAGUCAACGCUCGUGCCUUCAGUCAGUCUCAAACUCCCGAGCAGCGGUCGUAGCACUCCGAACCUCGAUGACACCGCUUCACUGCACAUCCACACACUCAAGACUGCCGAUGGCUCAUCUACCCGAUACCCCAUCUGCCCCACGUACUGUUUGGCUCGGCUGAGGGCAGUGUGCCACUUUUGGACAUUUGUCCGUUCACUCGAACGUGGCGUGCUAUUAGAUGAAAGUUUUUGGUUUGCACAUUAUAUCAACCAGUCUCCUGCGAGCAGUCGGUUCACCGAGACACACUCUUUGGGCCUUGCCUACGACCAUGCACUAAGAAGAAUUCGAGGGCAAAAUCGUAGCAUAGACUCUGUUGAUGGCUCAUCACCAUUAACUCAUUCCGUUCAAUCCUCCGCGUUCACCACAGAUAAUAAUGCCCUUCAAAUUCAAUCUUCAAACCCGACUGACUUAUCUUUUGAAAUCUCUGGGGAACCCAAUCCUGAGGAAAGCAAAUCAUUGACGAAAGAAUCUAUAGACGCUCAAGUAACGAUUCCCUCGGAGGAAGCUCACCAAGACUCAUCUAAUCCUACGUUGAAGCCUCCUCCAACCCCAGACCCAGUCCACCUCUCGCAACUGUCCCCAUCACCCAGUCCGACUUCUACCACUGAGCACGACAUGAUGCAAGAACUCGCUGGAAGUGACGCUCAUCAUUCCGACCAGACUGAUACUUGUGGUACAUCCUUGACCAUCAGACCAACAGUCCUUAGCAAUGAGGUACCGAUUCUAUCUCCUGCCCCUUCCCCUGCUCUCAGACGCAUCAUAGGCCGGUCUCCGUCACAGACUGUAAGCGGCCUCCCCUCGACGCUGUCCAAGGGUCACGGUACUGGCGAGGGACCUGAAUCAAGCCUCAAGACCCUAGAAGUGACUGACUCUAACCAGCUGGGAGGUGGCGAAAGUACAGCUCAAUCGGCUCACACAACAGGCCAUGGAGACCAAAGACAUGUCGACGGAGCUACUCCACUCCGUAAUCCACCCCGCUCGGCACCCAUGUCUAGCUUCGAGAACAGCUGUCAUCUUCGCCAUCAAUCUCGCCAAAAGUCUCAGUCUAGUCUCGAGCUCAUGGAGGCUGGAUGGGAAGAAAAAUGUUGGCAACAGGUCGUUAAAUUGAAAGAGGAGAUCUUCUUCAAACGCGUCGGACUCAGUCUUGUUCCUAACUGAUCAUCUUUCCCCUUUCCUCUGUUUUUGGCUUUUGCUUUUGUUAUUUUUAUUUUUAUCUUUCCAUCAUCACCAUUCAUAACCUUUCUACCCUUUCUAUCUUCUUUGUACAAUGAUUUUAUUUUGAGCAAAAAAGGACUGAUUUGAUACUUACAUAUUUAAUAAUAUUUAUUUUACAAUCAUCUUGUCCUUGUCCCCCUAUGAUUGCACAAUGACUGCCAACAUAGUGCAACUGAUUGUCAAACAGAGGCAAA